UCGGCGUUUUUGUUCGUAGAGCGGCCAAUAGCAAGAUGUCUUCAGGAAAUGCCAAAAUUGGGCAUCCUGCCCCUAACUUCAAAGCCAUGGCUGUUAUGCCAGAUGGCCAGUUCAAAGACCUCAGCCUAUCUGACUACAAAGGAAAAUACGUUGUGUUCUUCUUUUACCCUCUUGACUUCACCUUUGUGUGUCCCACGGAGAUCAUUGCUUUCAGUGACAGGGCAGAAGAAUUUAAGAAACUCAACUGUCAAGUGAUUGGUGCUUCUGUGGAUUCUCAUUUCUGUCACCUGGCAUGGAUCAACACACCCAAGAAACAAGGAGGACUGGGACCCAUGAACAUUCCCUUGGUAUCAGACCCCAAGCGUACCAUUACUCAGGACUAUGGAGUCUUAAAGGCUGAUGAAGGCAUCUCGCUCAGGGGCCUCUUUAUCAUUGAUGAUAAAGGCAUCCUUAGGCAGAUCACUGUAAAUUUAGCACAGUGCUAA